AUGCGCCACAACACCGACGACGACGCGGCCUUUGGCUCGCACCUCGCCCAGCUCCUCGAGAUGUUCCCGACAGAAGAUGCGUGCAUCGUCGGCGACGCGCUCGUCAAGGCCAAGAGCCUUGAUGGCGCCAUCGACCGCCUCCUCUCGCGCCAGCCCAAUAGCGUCAAGAAGCGCAAGCGGACAGUCGACAUCCGCGAGCUCUUUGGGGCACCACCGCCCGACAUUCGCCUCAAGAACACGGCGCCGCCAUCAACGUCGACGGUGCCGAUCGCGCAGCUACAGCAGUGGGACCCCGCCAAGGAGGCGCAGCGCCCGAUCACGCUGACGCCGGCGACGUUGGCCGCGGCGGGCUUGCCACUCACGUUGACGACAAGCUUCUUGCCACCCGACCAAGCCAACACGCUGCUUCACGAGAUGCUUGCGGACGCGGCCACGUGGCACACGAUCAAAUGGGUCAUCUUUGAGCGAGAGGUGCUCUCGCCCCACGUCUCGCGGCUCUACAAGCUCGACGCGACCGUGCCUGGCACGACCAUGUACAGCGACCAAGUCGAGUCGUCACCGUUUUCGCUGGCCCUCUUGGCGGCCAAGGCGUCCGUGGACGCAGCGGUCAACGCAGUGCUGUCGACGCGGCCGCGUCACGCACUCGAGGCGGCGCAUGAUUGGGCCGCCAACGUGGCGCUCGCCAACUGCUACAAGUCCCAUCACCAGAGCGUUGGUGCGCACUCGGACGCCCUCACGGACCUCGGCCCGCGGCCGACGAUCGCGUCGCUGACCCUUGGCGCCGAGCGUGUCUUUCGUAUCAAGCGCCUCCCGACCGAGAGCUAUCCAGCCCAAACGUUCAACCUCGCGCUGCCCCACAACUCGCUGUUGAUCAUGCUGCCUCCGUUUCAAGAGCUGUACCGGCACGAGGUGCCUCCGGUUCGGCCAAACCAAGUCAAGUGGCAUCAUGACGCCAAGGACGCGCGCAUCAACUUGACGUUUCGCAUGCUUCGGCCGCUCUACAUGACGGAAUCGCCGCUCUGUCAGUGCGAGAAGCGCGCCGUCCUGCGCACCGUCAACAAGCCCUCCAAGGCUAGUCAUGGCGAGUACUUUUACAUUUGUGCAGGCUCUGUGCCGUCGUCCUGUGCGUUCUUUCUGUGGCUCAAGGACCGUGUAUUUCCUAAUCCUCAGGACGACAAAAGUGCAAACUGAUGCUGUUCAACUCGAACACGUAAGCAGAAUUCUCUAUACCAGCGCCA